CGUCCUCAAAGGAUUGUUCCCCGGAGUGGCCAGACGGGCUGGGGGGACACAGGAUGGAAGAGCUAAUAGGAGUAUCUAACGGGACAUGCGGACGGACUGAUUUCUUCUAAUAUUUCAAGUGCUGUUUGUGACGGUGUGAGGCCUCGCCAUGCCGCUGGUAAAGAGGAACAUCGAGCCCCGUCACCUCUGCAGAGGGGAGCUCCCUGAGGGCAUCGGCAGCGAGCUGGAGUGUGUGAUGAACAACACGCUCUCUGCCAUCAUCCGUCAGCUCAGCAGCCUGAGUAAACAUGCAGAGGAUAUAUUUGGCGAGCUGUUUAAAGAGGCCAACACCUUCUACGUGCGCGCCAACUCUCUCCAGGACCGCAUCGACCGGCUGGCCGUCAAGGUCACACAGUUGGACUCAACUGUAGAAGAAGUUUCACUACAAGACAUUAACAUGAGGAAAGCCUUCAAGAGCUCCACCACUCAGGACCAGCAGGUGGUGUCCCAGAGCAGUGUGCCCAUUCCUGUCAAAGAGAUGUACAAUCUGAGUGACAAGCCUCCGCCACUCAACAUCCUCUCAUCUUACAGGGAUGACCACAAGGAAGCACUUAAGUUCUACACUGAUCCCUCCUACUUCUUCGACCUGUGGAAGGAAAAAAUGCUGCAGGACACAGAGGAUAAGAGGAAAGAGAAGAGGAAGCAGAAGGAGCAGAGGCGUUGUGUGGAUGGAACGUUACAGAGGGAGGUGAAGAAGGUCCGGAAGGCUAGGAACCGUCGGCAGGAGUGGAACAUGAUGGCUCUGGAUAAAGAGCUGAGGCCAGACCAUCGACACACCAUACACCGGGACAGAGGGGCUUCCUCUGAGGGCUCGAUGUCACCAGAAAACAGGGGUCACGGUCUUGAUCAGCACCACUACCCCAACAUCAUGAACCAUGCUGGCCACGCCCACACCUACUCCGGCCCACCGCCAAGCGUCCUGGCUGCCCAGAUGGCUGCAGGGCACGGCCCUCGUGGAGGAGGUGAACAUGAUAUUAGAGGCAGGACCAUGAUGGCCUAUCAGGGUGGGACACUCGGCCGUUCUCACCACCACCAAGCCCCCCUGCCUCCUCCACCCACUGAGGCUAUGAACGGUGGCUCCAUGUCCCUCCCACCAAUGGACUACAGUAUGGAUGGCUAUGCCAACACUGGUCCUCCUCCUCCCCCUCCCGCCCCUCUCAUCCCUUCUGCCCAAACUGCCUUUGCCUUACCUCCCGGAGGUCCAAUGCCUUUUGGGCCAAUGGCCGGCGCUGGUGGCUUCUCUCCGCCUCCACCAGCUAUAUGUGGAGCCCAGGCAGCUCCACCUCCCCCUGGUCCUCCACCUCCUCCCCUAUCAGCCGGUGCCUCCCACUCCACAAACCGCAAGAUGUCCUCCUCGGCACCUGCUGAGACAUCAGCGGUCAAUGAUGCCCGCAGUGAUCUGCUGGCUGCUAUACGUAUGGGCAUCCAGUUGAAGAAGGUGCAGGAGCAGCAGGAGCAGCAGGCUAAGAGGGAGCCAGUUGGGAACGACGUGGCCACCAUCCUGUCGCGACGCAUCGCUGUGGAGUACUCCGACUCUGAGGACGACUCCGAGUUGGAGGAGAACGAUUGGUCGGAUUAA